ACAAUUGUUAACAUCUGAGAAAUUAAAAGGGGAAGAACAAGAAGAACAAGAAGAAGAUCCGUUAGGUUUUCCAUUUCUUGCGUUUCGAGCAUUCCGUCACUCGCUGCUUCUUCUCUCUCUCUCGAUCUCUAUCCAACCCUCGAGCCGAGCUGCACCGCGGUAUCGCGGCCUCCGACCACCGCCGCAUCCACGCCGCCGGGCCACCUCGGCGUUCUGCAGCAGCGCCGCCUCUCUCUCCGCCGCCUCCGAUCACCCCCCGAAACCCUAGGUCCCUCGCUUCGGUUCUCCGGGAUUGCUUGAAGAUGGACGAGGACCAGGAAAUGGAGAGGUUCGGGAUGGACAACGAUUACGACGACGGGCAGUGGAUCGACGGGGAGUUCUACUACCGGCAGCGGAGGGAGAAGCGCGCGCAGACCAAGGACGACGCGCUCUACGGCGUCUUCGCGUCGGGGGACUCCGAUUCGGACUACGACGACUCCUCCAAGAGGAAGCGGAGGAAGAACAGGGACCUCCAUGGUAAGGCCGAUCUGUCGAAGCCCGUGAAUUUCGUGUCCACCGGCACGGUCAUGCCGAACAGAGAGAUUGAUGAGAAUUCGAAGACAGAGAAUGAGGAUGACGAGUCCGCUGACGUGGAUGAGGAUAGGCCGGGCUUGGGGGUUGGUGCUGGGGUGGGUUUGGGGUUUAAGAAGCGGGACGAUGGUUUCGAUGAGAAUGGCGAGGAGGAGGAUGGUUUCUUGCCGACGGCAUUUGGGCGGAAGAUCAAGGAGGGAGCGGAGAGGAGGAGAGAGCAAUCGAAAUUGGAGAAGAAAGCGCAGCAAGGUGGGGCUAAGAGGGAUUCUUAUGAAUCGGGGAACGUGGGCGGCUUCGAGAAGUACACCAAGGGAAUUGGAAUGAAGUUGCUCGAGAAAAUGGGUUACAGAGGGGGUGGUCUUGGGAAGAACCAGCAGGGGAUUGUGGCACCCGUUGAAGCAAAGUUGCGUCCUAAGAAUAUGGGUAUGGGUUUCAACGACUACAAAGAAACUCCUGCAAAGGCGCCUGUUGCCUCAUUGGAGCCAGAGGAAAAGAAGCCAUUACCCGAUGUGCCUGGUAAGGAGAAGCUUUGGUCUAAGCAAAUGAAGAGGGCAACACUGAAAAACAAAGCGAAAUAUAUUACAGCAGAAGAGCUGUUGGCGAAGAAGCAGGAACAGGGUGUUGAAGUUGUGCAAAAGGUACUUGACAUGCGCGGACCUCAGGUUAGGGUAUUAGCAAACUUGGAGAAUCUGAAUGCGGAAGAGAAGGCGAGGGAGAGUGAUGUUCCUAUGCCCGAGCUCCAGCACAAUAUAAGGUUGAUUGUGGACCUGGCUGAGUUGGAUAUUCAGAAGAUCGAUAGGGAUCUGAGGAAUGAGAAGGAGACAGCUCUGAGCUUGCAAGAGGAAAAAGAGAAGUUGCAAGCUGAGGCAGAACUCCAGAAGAAACAACUAAAUAACGUGAAGGAGAUAAUGAAUACACUAGGCCAGAUUGAGGAGGAAAAGUCGAUGGGAACAUUGACGUUAGACUUGCUAGCCAAUUCUUUUGGUGACAUGCUAAGAAGGUUUCCUGAUGAUUAUAAACUUUGCAACUUAUCCUGCAUUGCUUGCUCAUUUGCACUCCCUCUGUUUAUCAGAGUAUUUCAGGGAUGGGAUCCUUCGAAUCCCUCACAUGGGUUGGAAGUUGUUUCAAGGUGGAAAUCUCUAUUGCAAGGACAGGAAUGUCUUGAUAUAUGGGAUUUGGGAUCCCCUUAUACCCAGUUGGUUUCAGAAGUUGUCUUGCCUGCUGUGAGAAUAUCAGGCAUUAACACUUGGGAGGCAAGGGAUCCAGAACCAAUGCUUCAUUUCCUCGAGACAUGGGAAAAAUUGUUGCCUUCUUCUGUUCUGCAGUCUAUACUGAACAUGGUUGUUAUGCCAAAAUUGUCGAGUGCCGUGGACUCGUGGGACCCCCGUCGAGAAACUGUUCCUAUCCAUGUCUGGGUGCAUCCGUGGUUACCCUUGUUGGGACAAAAGUUGGAGGGCCACUAUCAGAUCAUACGGUCAAAACUGAGUAAUGUACUUCACGCCUGGCACCCGAGUGAUGGCUCUGCGUACACCAUAUUGUCACCUUGGAAAACUGUGUUCGAUUCUGCCAGUUGGGAGGAUUUUAUGCGCCGGUUUAUCGUUCCAAAGUUGCAGCUUGUCCUCCAGGAGUUCCAGAUAAACCCAGCUGAUCAGAAGCUGGAUCAGUUCAAUUGGGUCAUGUCUUGGGCCUCUGCUAUCCCAAUCCAUCUCAUGGUGGACUUGAUGGAGAAGUUCUUUUUUGUUAAGUGGCUACAGGUGUUAUAUCACUGGUUGUGUUCUAACCCAGACUUCAAUGAAGUUAUGAACUGGUAUCGAGGUUCGGAAUCUUUUCCACAAGAGCUGCUAGCAAAUGAGAGUAUCAGAUAUCAGCUUAGAAUUGGUCUAGACAUGAUGGACAAUGCAGCUGAAGGCAUGGAGGUUGCCCAACCUGGUGUUAAAGAAAACUUAAGUUAUCAUAGGGUCCUUGAGCAGAGGCAGUUUGAGGCUCAGCAGAAAGCAGCAGCUUAUGCUCGACAACAAGCUGCUGUUGGUGCUGGUGGUACCUCUCAUAUGGAUGCUGCCGGUGGAAUGCCUGAGAUGAAGCUAAAAGAAGUCAUCGAGGCCUAUGCGCAGCAGCAUGAGUUGCUAUUCAAGCCUAAACCUGGUCGGAUGCACAAUGGCCUUCAGAUAUAUGGUUUUGGGAAUGUGAGCAUCAUUGUGGACUCUAUUAAUCAGAAGGUAUUUGCCCAAAACGAGGAAGCAUGGUCUUUGGUAUCUCUUGAGGAUCUGCUGAAGAUGCAUUACAGUUCACUGGCAAAGAGACGUUAGAUGAUAAAUUCUUUGAAUACCCACUGGUUGGAGCAUUGUAGGUCAGUGAGGUUGUAAAUAUUAUGCAGAGGAAAUCAAAGUUAGUCUUCUAGCUUUUCUGUCAAAUUCGUGAUCUUGUUAUCUCAUGUGAAAUCGCAAUGGCAAUUUUCAUGGACAUUAACGUGACAAUGUAACACAGUUUUAUUUUUGACAUUUGAAACAAUGUUUUAGGAGAUAAUUGAAGUGUCGCUGAGCUUGAAUGAAGUAAUUAGAGGUCUGAGACUUUUGCUUCUAGCAUCUUAUCCUUAUGGAAUAACCAACGUUUUAGUUAUAGUGGUAUAUAUUACUCAUAUUAUGAUGACAUCUGACGAUACCAGUAAGUCUACAGCAGCAGUAUUGAUGAUUAGCCAGAAAAUCCUCAUCACCAUUUAUUUAUUUGCCAUAAAUGUAUGUUUGUAUGUUCUUGGAUACAGAGGCUAAUAUAUCCAAUACUCUGCUUUGACAAUUUGCUUGGUUCAUGGCCAUAGAAGCCUUGAUGUUGUGUGAUUCAUGUCUAUCAAACUUUUGGUAGUCGAUGUAAGAAAGUAUGUUUGGAUGCUUUUGUGGAGCUUCUGGUUCCAUAUUAAUGCUUGUCGAAAUAUGCGAAUUACUUGUAAGUUCCCUAUGGCAUCUAAUAGCCCAAUUAGUUGGUUCAGUACAUAUAGCACAGCCAUAUUUGAUAAGUCUCCACAACGGUACAAUGGUAGCAUAAUUGGAUAAAUAAGGAUGGACUUUGGUCAUACUUGACGCGUUAUAUUAUUUUGGCCUCCCAUGAUGUUUGUUUCUUGUUGUUCCUAUUGUGAUAGUUUUGUGACUAAAACUACUUUGAAAUGGUAAUUCGGGAAUUUAU